GUCCAGAAAUUCAGCUUGGGGUGAAUACGGAGUUGACACCCAUGCAGCCAGCAUUUUUUUCAGAAGCCAUAAACACUGUUGUGUCGUGCGUGGGCCUGCCACCAAAGCAGCAGGCUGUAAUCGAGGCAAGCACAUGCAUGCAUGUAGCAUGCUGGCAUUUAGCAUGAAAUAAAGCACAGGAAACACGAGAACUUUGUGCACAACUUUCGCUUCUUUGUCUUCAACCUAUGUAGCAUACUCUUGCUACGUGCUGCAUAACUUGUGUUAACUAACCCACUUCCACAUGUUUAUAACGCUUUUGCUCUGUAUAGCCACCAAGCGUAAUAUUUACAAAGGUAUGUUGACUGUGGUUAUGUCUGCUUUCUGUGCGUUCUAAACUCUAACUCUAAACGCAAGCUUUUCUGUGCUUUCUGUUGAAGCUCACUGGCUUGACCAGACCUCUUGCCAGAAGAGCCUAUGCAUAGUAUACAUGUAGCUUGGAAUGAAGCCAGAAAACGCAAUAACAUUGAGCAUGACUUCCAAGUAGUGCCCGUGUUUUUCAUCGUGUGCUCUUGCUACUCGCUAUAUACAUUACUUGUGCUAACUAACCUUCUACAUUUUCAUAGCACCUUUUCUUCUGCUUAGUAAUCGAAGUUUUAUUAGUUUACAAAACUAUGCUGACUGUGUUAUGUCUGAUUUCUCUGUGUUAACUCUAACAUGUGCUGCACCCUUAUAUGCAGGCUCUCAUGCUGUCUGUUGAUGAAGCUCGCCAGCUUGAGCAGACCUCUCGCCAGCAGAGCCAAAGUGCAACAUGGAAAGCUGCUCGCAAAAACCGAUUAACUGCUUCAAAUUUUGGUGUUGCUGUUACACGUGAGAAUUGGACACAAAAAGGCCUGCAGAACCUAACCACAGACAGAGAUCUGUCUAGAGUAAGGGCCAUCCAGUACGGAGUUUCAAGCGAAGCCAUGGCUGUUCAGCAAUAUGAAAGAACCCUCCGAACCUUCCGGCACAACAUUGAGACCUUCCACUGCGGCCUUAUUGUGGAUCCCACGUGCCCAUGGCUCGGUGCAUCUCCCGAUCGUGUGGUGUGGGACCCAGAGGAACAGAGUCCUCAUGGCAUUGUUGAAGUCAAGUGCCCAUAGUCAAUGAGAGACUUGAAAAUACCAAGCACUCAAGGCUCAUGCCUUGUGAAAGACGGCAACGGCACGUACAGGCUCAACCGCACCCACUUUUACUAUUACCAGGUUAUCGGGCAGAUGGCCCUUUCAGGGCUUACUUGGGCUGACUUUGUCAUGUAUGCUCCACAGUUUCUAGUUGUUGAAAGGAUUAGGUUCAGUGAAAGUGAAUGGCAGAAAUGCAAAAAUAGGCUGGACAGCUUUUAUUUUUCGACGCUUCUACCGUAUUUGGCAAAAGCAUGCAGUACAAGCAAUAAAUCUUGAAUUUAAGAAUUAAAAAAUUCAAUGAGAAUUUCUGUAUUUAUUAAUAAAGUUUUGAUACUAUUGACAAUCCCUUGUAUCCUUUUCUUGAAACGAGUAUCGAAGCCAUGUGCUCAUGGCUUUGGCUAUGCUAGCUUGGCAGUCACUGGGAAGGCUAUGUAGUACUGAACCGACACCUUGCACAGAUCCUAGGUUGCUAUUAAAGGACUUUGAAGAUUGCUUAAGAAUGCACACAAUGCCCAAAUUUCAUUAAUGAUCGGUGCAAUUGACAGUGGGAUGGGCCUGUCGAAAAUGUGAAAUGC